AUGUCGAAUCAACAAACGUUAGAAAAUACGCUUAACAGGUGCAUGAAAGGGUCUCUUGUCGUAAAUUGCAGUUCACCAGAUGACAUAAUCAUUGCGGCAGAUGGCCUAUAUAAGAGAGAUGUGUUUCGAUUUCCGGAUCCUUUUGCAGUUGUUACCGUUGAUGGAGAACAAACACACACCACUUCCGUAAUUAAGAGGAGCUUGAAUCCAUACUGGAAUGAAAGCUUUGAUAUACUAGUAACGGGUCAGAGUGUAAUUGCCGUUCAAAUUUUUGAUCAAAAAAAAUUCAAGAAGAAAGAUCAGGGAUUUUUAGGUGUAAUUAAUAUCCAAAUAAGCGAGGUGUUUGAUGAUCUUAACAUCGGAGGUGAUGAAAUGUUGACAAAAGAUUUAAAAAAGUCAAAUGCAAAUGAAGUGGUACACGGAAGACUUAUCGUUAACCUGUCCACAAAUGUAAAUGUUCCCCCUUCUCAUCCCGGAGUGAGAGACAAUUUGGCAUCCACAAAUCUAGGCGUACCUUCUUCCCAUCCUGGGGUAAGAGAUACAAAUAGCAUCAAUACUCCUCCUUCCGAUUCCUCUCUUAGUUCAAAUCAAAGAGCGGAAAACUCACGACCUCAAAGCAUGAGUAGCUCAACUCCUACAGUGGGAACUAGUUCGCAAAACAUUCCUGUGGCGGGACCUAGCGUAGCGUCUGGGAGCAGUUCCAGUGCGCGUACAUUUGGUGCCUUCGAAGAUCAAUAUGGACCGUUACCACCUGGUUGGGAACGUCGUAUUGAUCAUCUUGGUCGUACUUAUUAUGUCGAUCAUAAUACACGUACAACUACUUGGACCAGACCAUCAAUGACUGCAACGGCUACUCAGCGGAUGCAAGAGCAACAAAAUAUAACAGAAUUGGAACGUCGUCGACAUAAUAAUCGAACACUUCCCGAGGCUGGUAACAGCUCUUCAACAUCUGUUUCAAGUGAAGCAUCCACAAGCAGUGCUCCUACAAAUGGUUUGCUACCUGUUGGACAAGUUGGAACUACGACGGCUGGUCACGGUCCGUUGCCUUCCGGAUGGGAACAAAGGACAACGCCUGAAGGUCGACCAUAUUUUGUUGAUCACAAUACCAGGACAACAACUUGGGUGGAUCCUCGUCGACAACAGUUUAUUAGGAUGUACGCAGGAAAUCAAAAUAAUGUUACUAUUCAGCAGCAACCAGUAUCUCAAUUAGGUCCACUGCCGUCUGGAUGGGAAAUGCGGUUGACAAAUACGGCUAGAGUGUACUUCGUAGAUCAUAAUACAAAAACAACCACUUGGGACGAUCCACGAUUACCUAGUAGUUUAGAUCAAAAUGUGCCUCAAUACAAACGAGAUUUUCGUAGGAAGCUCAUAUAUUUUAGAUCACAACCAGCACUCCGACCUGUUCCUGGUCAGUGUCACAUUAAAAUUCGACGAAAUUUUAUUUUUGAAGAUGCCUACUCGGAAAUCAUGCGACAACAACCUCAGGAUUUAAAAAAACGCCUAAUGAUCAAAUUUGAUGGAGAGGACGGAUUAGACUAUGGUGGCUUAUCGAGGGAAUUCUUCUUUCUUCUUUCUCAUGAAAUGUUCAAUCCUUUUUAUUGUCUUUUCGAAUAUUCCGCACAUGAUAAUUAUACUCUCCAAAUCAAUCCUCAUUCGGGGAUCAAUCCUGAACAUCUUAACUACUUUAAAUUCAUUGGGAGAGUUGUCGGGCUUGCCAUUUUUCAUCGUCGGUUUUUAGAUGCCUUUUUCAUUAGAUCAUUCUACAAAAUGAUCCUAAAGAAAAAGGUUGGCCUGCCGGACAUGGAAAGUGUAGACGCAGAUUUUUAUAGAAGUUUGACUUGGGCCCUGGAUAAUGACAUUACAGAUGUUUUGGAUUUAACAUUCUCGACUGAAGAUGAUCGGUUCGGUGAAGUGGUAACGGUUGACUUAAAAGAAAAUGGUCGGAAUAUCCCGGUGGAAGAAGAAAAUAAAAAGGAAUACAUUGAUCUUAUUACCGAAUGGCGCAUUUCUAAGCGUAUCGAAGAACAGUUUAAGAGCUUUAUGGAAGGAUUUAAUCAGCUUAUACCGCAGGAUUUGAUUGCUGUAUUUGAUGAGCGUGAAUUAGAGUUACUUAUUGGAGGUAUCGCUGAAAUUGACGUCGAUGAUUGGAAAAAACAUACCGAUUACCGAGGGUAUACGGAAUCAGACGAUGUUAUACAAUGGUUCUGGAAGUGUGUAAAGUCAUGGGACUCCGAAAAGAAAUCUCGGUUACUACAAUUCACUACCGGUACAUCUCGCCUCCCUGUCAACGGCUUCAAAGAUCUGCAAGGUAGCGAUGGACCUCGGCGGUUUACUAUAGAGAAAGCGGGCGAUGUGUCUCAAUUGCCGAAAAGUCAUACUUGUUUUAAUCGUAUUGACCUGCCACAAUACAAGACAUAUGAAACGUUGGUAUCUAAGUUGACAGUAGCGGUAGAAGAAACUAUGGGAUUCGGACAAGAAUAA